AAGUUCGGCUAAGUUCAGCUAGGUUCGGCUGAAUGCCACUUGGCUCGGCUAAGUUUGGCUGGGGCCUCUGGGCUCGAUUGGGUUCGGCUGAGCAUCACGGGGCUCGAUUGGGUUCAGCUGAGCAUCACUGGGCUCCAUUGGGUUCGGCUGGGAGUUUGCUGGAGCCUGGGGCACCGCUGGGCGAGCCGGCGCUUCUAGCCUGCACUCUCAGUGGGCGUGGAAGGCGGAGCGCCCCCUAGCGAAACUGCGUCCCCAAACAGUGAGCAAAUAGGCUCGCGCUCGAGCCUCGGAGGCUACCGGAGCACCGGAACUCGGCUGGGCGCCGCAGCAGCCAGCCUCAGGCGCCGGCGGUGACGCCGUCUUAACGCGACCGCGCGCUGACCAGCCCCGGUCUCCACGUCUCAGGUUUCGCAGAGACGCAUGGGAGGGGAGCAGUUGGAGGUUUAUCAAGAUGGCGGAAGCGGAGGACUCUCCGGGAGAACAGGAGGCAGCGGCAUCCAAGCCCCUGUUUGCAGGGUUGUCUGAUGUGUCAAUUUCUCAGGACAUUCCCAUAGAAGGGGAGAUUACCAUCCCCUCCAGAGCUCGUGCUCAAGAACAUGACAGCUCCACACUGAAUGAAUCCAUUCGUCGGACCAUUAUGCGAGAUCUAAAAGCUGUGGGAAGGAAAUUUAUGCAUGUUUUAUAUCCAAGGAAGAGUAAUGCACUGUUAAGAGACUGGGACCUGUGGGGCCCAUUGAUACUUUGUGUGACACUUGCAUUGAUGUUACAGAAAAGUUCCAUUGAUGGGAAGAAUGAUGGCGGAGGCCCAGAAUUCGCAGAAGUAUUUGUUAUCAUCUGGUUUGGAGCAGUUACCAUCACGCUGAAUUCCAAACUUCUUGGCGGAAACAUUUCUUUUUUUCAGAGUCUCUGUGUAUUAGGGUACUGCAUUCUUCCUUUGAACAUCGCAAUGCUGAUCUGCCGCUUGCUGCUUUUGGCUGGACAGGGACCAAUAAACUUCAUGAUUCGGCUUUUUGUAGUGUUGUUGAUGUUCGCUUGGUCCGUGGUGGCAUCUACAGCAUUCCUUGCUGACAGCCAGCCUCCAAACAGAAAAGCCCUGGCAGUGUAUCCUGUCUUUUUAUUCUACUUUGUCAUCAGUUGGAUGAUACUCACGUUCACGCCAUGAGUCAGGAUACACACAUUCAACACCAAUGAACUGAAGGCUCACCUGAAAGAUAAUGGUUAUCAACAACAACAACUUCUCCCACUCUUGUACAAUUGUUGGGGUAUUAAAAGGGGGCCACAUGCCACUGUUGUCAUUUAUAUAAGAAACUGAUAUUUGCAAGGCUGUCCUUUUCCUCUUAAUGUUAUUCUUUUCAAAUACUUGUACAUCCCAUAGAUAGUAACAUGCCUCCUUAAGGCAUGAUGAAGCUAUUCGUGUGACCCAGUGACUCGAGCAAGUGGAUCCACUCUACAGAUUACAGAGUUGGUGACCAUCUUCAGCUUGGAGAAGAUUUGUUCAGGUGCAGCUCUUAAACACAUUGCCUUAUGACUAUUAGAAUAUGCCUCUUUUCAUAAAUAACAGUCUGUAUCCAUUGAUUUUCUUUUCUCCCCCAAACUCGAGAAGGCAACAGCAAGAGGUUAGGAACGAGGUUUGUAGAUGUGGGAAGAGAAAACGUGUUAACUAGUUUCAGAUUUUGAUCAGAGGUACCGCUGUACUUGGUUUGUCGUUUGUUUUUAAGCAAAUAACAUCUAAGGAAUCCGCUUUUAAAAUAUUUUUGUAUACUUACUUUUCUGUCACGUGUAACAGAGGCUCCGCUUACAUUCUAGUUUUUAACCUUUCAUACAGUGACAGCAGUCAAACAUGCAACUCUAACUGAAGUGCUUGAUGGUUUAAUGCUUGAGCUUUCCUAAGUAGUAGAGGAUCAGAAAUCGAGGUUUAUGGUUUGUAGUGCAUAUUGUCAUGUGGGUACCUUCCUUUAAGGUAUAGCUUGGCUAUUGCGUAUUUAAAAGAAUCUAUUUUGUACAACCCAGCCUCAGAUUAGAAAGAAAGGCUACAUCAGAAGCGUGCAUUUAACCAAAUGGACAUAGAGAUCUAGUGUUCUGAAGACUGGAUAAUGGAAGAAUGCGUACAUACAUGAUGAAGGGUUAGUUGAGUUUAUAGCUGCUGCCUUUCCAUAGUGGGCUCAGCAGGGUUUUUUUGUUUUUGUUUGUUUGUUUUGAUUAUAUAUGGAGGAAUUUUUUUUUUUGGAGUUGGGGGCUAGGGAAUAACAAUUUUUUUGUGUGUUUUAGACUUUAUUUGUAAAGCUAAUUAGCUUCCCUUUAGAUAUGUACAUUUUGCACAUGUGCAUCUACCUGUCCUCUCAGAUAUUUACGCACAAGAGUGAAGGCUUUUCAGGGAACAGAACAUCUAGGGCAGGCUGAUUUUCAGCUAAACAGGACUCCUGUAAGAUAGUAAGCACCGAUGCCUUCUGUAUGUGUCAUAUUGAACUCUAAUAGAUGAAGAUUAGGAGUCAGAGAACAUUCAUUGUAAAUAUGCACUUACUUGUAAAGAUAGAAAUGUCUUAUUCCAUGUGUUUUAUCAUAGAAUUGAAAUAUUUAUUGAUUUUUGUAUUUAAAGACUACCUUCAUAUAAAUAUAUAACUCUAAAAACAUAAUUUUUCUCAUUCUCAAAGUAACCAAAUGAGCAACACUAGGCCAAAUGGGUUCAUGGGAUGAGUUACAAAGCAUUGCUGAGUUUAUCCUCUCUGUCCCAACCUUACUUACCUAAUGGUUUGGAGAUAUAGAUUUGAAUUCAUUGUAAUUUAUGUUUUAAAUUAUAAACCUUGUAAGGAUAAAUCUGGUAUUUCAAUCUUGAAAACUUUAAAACUAACCCUAAUAUUUGAAAUUUGUCAUAAAAUAUCAUUUCUUUCCUGUAUCGAAAAUUUUAAACUUUCCCUUCAAAUAUCUUCCCUAAGUUGUUUCAUAAUAUGCCCAAGUAAUUAUAAUAACAAAGUAACCAUACUUCUCAAAUUUAGUCUUUACUGGAUUUUACUCAGGUGAAACAUUUCCUCUGAAAUUCCUAAGGCCACAAGCCGUAAGGGUUUUGGAGGGUUAAACACGUUGGAUAUAAGGCAGCUUGAUCCUGUGUGUGUUAAUCUGUUGCCCUUGGGUGAUUUGCUGAAUGGUUUUUAUAUGGCUUAAAAGGGGAAUUUAGGACUGAGGCUGUAGUUCAGUGAUAGAGCAUUAGCCAGGCAUGCACAGCACUCUAGGUUCAAUCCUGGGCAUUGCCAAAAAAAAAAGGUGGAUAAACUGGAGGCCUAAUUUCUUUUUUUCUGGAAUUAAAUGAUCAGAGGAUAUAAAUAUUUUAAUAUAUGCAAAAAAUCUGUUGCUUUCUAUGACAAAUGAAGUCCUGACUCUGGAAGUUGUAAUCUAGCUUUUCCUGGUUCGCUACAAAGGCACAUGGUUGACUGUAGAAAUGAGGCCUGGAAGGGCAGAAGCGCCCAGGGAAGGACCUCCUGUUCUAAGAUGGUGCAGUUUCAUGCUGCUGGUGAGUUUGAAGCUUUUUUGCAGACUGCGCAUGGCUAUUGUAGCCGACUCCGACGAUCACCUGCUGCUUCCACAUCUCAGACCAUGACACUGUUUUACAUGGCUUAGCAAUAGGAAGAGUAGAGACUUGAUUUAAUUGGGCUUCAGAUUACAAAAUCUCUAGUGAUGACAAUGUCUUUGAAUGUUUUAUAUGUUUAUAAUCAGAUAUUGAGGUGUGUGUGUGUGUGUGUGUGUGUGUGUGUGUGUGUGUGUGUGUGUUUGGUUUGGCUUCAAAGUUAUGUAAGUUGAAUUUGAUCUUUUCAUUGUGGGAUCUUUCUUUUCGUUGGGCAAAGUUACGUGGCAUGAGACUAAUGAUAAGCUGUUGACUCUCUUUUAUAAAUAGUACCCUCAAAAAUGUGAUUAGAAGACUACUAAGCCUAUACUUGGAGAUAUAAUCUGCUGACUUACUGCAUUUUAGCUGCCUGCUUAUUCCUGGAGAUGAAAAUGAAAUUUUGUUGGUUGAUAUUUUUGGGUACCAUCAAGUCGUGUUAGUAUGGUUUGAACACUGAAGUGAUCUUUAACUAGACUGUUGGUUUCUAUGAUGGUUGGAUGGAAGUAAAUAAAUGUAUGAAUGUUGAUGGAUCCAUGUAUGUAAAUUAGAGGUCCUCCUCUAGAUUCUGUGUGCUUUUGUUAUAAAUAUAGAACUGACAGGGACAAUAAUUUAUGAUUAUUAAUAACUAACAGUUAUUGGGCAUUUACUGUAUACCAAUUUACUAUUCUAAUUUUAAAAGAACUUUUGUAAUGCUUUAUUAAAGUCCACUUUACCAUGAAAAUUCAUCCUUUCAAGGUGUACAAUUCAGCAGUCCUUACUAUCUUUACGGAAUUACGCAAGCAGCACCACUAUUUAAUUUGAGAAUGUCUGUAUCACUGUGCAGAGAAACAAGCCACUCCUGUUCUCUCUGCACCUCCAGUCCCUGUGGACUACCAGUCUGCUUUCUAUCCAUCUUGGCCAGGUACUAUUCUCAAUGCCUGGUUCCUCCACUCUUCAACAGAAAGUGCUACAAUUCUCAUUUUACAGUAGAAAAUUUAGGCACAGAAAUGUAAUUGCCCAAGAUCAUGUAUUGAUGCAUGCAAGUGAAUUGAUGGUAAGAACACAUUAGAUGAAAUGCAGUUUGUAUUACACUCUUAGGCACAUAGAAUGAGCACAUUCCUUCCCAGAGUAUGCCCCCUCUUACUCACCUUUGCAUCCUGGAACUGAUUGGACGUAGAUAUGUCUUUUUUUUUUUUCCAGAGUAAUGACCUCUGGCAUCUGAGCACACAAAGCAGGCAGACUUAAAAAGACAGGUUUACGGCCCUUACUCCUCAUUGACCCCCCCCCCCGUUUCCUCUCUUCACACACACACAAUCAAUUUUUCCUUAAGCUUGAAGAGUCAAACUACUACUUAAAAAUCUUCCAUUUCACGUUUACCACUUAGGGUACUGGGUCUAUUUCUAAGACUUAAGAUUAAAGUCAUUCAAGUACUGAAUGCCUUUCUAUUCGGAUAGAUGUGAUGAGAAUAAAGACUUUGCCUUAAUAAAGCUUGUUCCUUUCUGGUCUUUGGUACUCUACUCUAGUCCUGGUCUUUCCUAUGAGCAAUAAACCUGUGCAAAGAAACCUGGAAAAUGGUUUGUGGAUGUUAUAUGUGCCAAUAAAUCCAUUAGAAAGAGAUAAA